CCGAACGUUGCAGAAGAGAUUCGGGCUUGUCUCCUGUUCCACGAUGUUGCAGUAACAGACCCGAUGGUGGAUGUUCAUAGGUUUUCGAGAUGGAAGGUGCUAGUCCGGACGGUAGCAUGCGUAUUCCGAUUUGUGACAAACUGCAGAAGAAAGCGAGAUGGAUUGAGCAUCGAAGCGUUACCGACAACCGACAAGAUGAAGAAGCUUGUGAAGAAAAGCAUACCGACACUGAUGACGCCAUUGAAACGAGAGGAGUAUCUAAAGGCCGAGACGUACUUAUGGAGAUCAACGCAGGCAGAGGCCUUCAUAGACGAGGUCAAAGCGUUGAAGAAGAAUCUGGAGCUCUCAAGCGGCAGCUGGCGACCAAUAGAGAAGUGCAGUUCCAUCUACAGCCUAAGUCCAUUCCUAGACGAGCAAGAGGUCUUGCGAAUGGAGGGUAGAACGGCGCGAGGAUCGUCUCUACCAUUCGAGCUUAGGUUCCCAAUUAUUCUGCCGAAGAAACAUUCGGUGACCGACAAGCUACUCGAGCACUAUCACCAGCAACUUGCCCACGGGAACGUAGAAACUGCCGUCAAUGAACUGCGACAGCGAUUCUACAUUCCAAGUAUGCGGACGAGGAUGAAGCAGAUUGGGAAGGCAUGCGUCUGGUGUAAAGUGAAGAAGUGUCAGCCGCAGAACCCACGUAUGGCCCCGCUCCUGAAGUCACGUGUCACGCCGAAUUUGCCACCGUUCAGCCACACUGGUGUAGAUUAUUGUGGACCGUUUACGGUAACCGUCGGACGCAGAUCGGAGAAGAGAUACAUCUGCUUGUUUACUUGCAUGUCAACUAGGGCUGUCCACCUCGAAGUAGCUCACAGCUUGACGACACAAUCGUGUCUAAUGGCUAUCCGACGUUUCGUGUGUCGUAGAGGCAAGCCGUUGGAGUUCUACUCCGAUAACGGGACGAACUUCCAAGCAGCCAGCAAAGAAGUCAUGAAGCAGAUAGCAAUGGAUCUUGAAGACGCCUUCCCCGAUGCCAGAACUCGGUGGAACUUUAACCCACCAAGCGCACCUCACAUGGGCGGGGUCUGGGAGCGGUUGGUCCGCUCUCUUAAGACUGCACUGAGCGUUCUCAACGGUGGGCGAAAGCUGACUGAUGAAAUUCUAUUGACUACACUUGCGGAAGCGGAAGACUUGAUCAACUCGCGCCCUCUAACGUACGUGUCAUUGGAGCCGGGAGUAGAUGAAGCCCUGACGCCGAAUCACUUCAUUCGGGGCGUCGGCACACAGGUGGAACAUGUCGUUCAACCAACAAGCGAAGCAGAAGCUCUACGUGAUCGUUACAAGCAGUCGCAAUCACUAGCGGACGCGCUGUGGAAACGGUGGGUCAACGAGUACUUGCCGUCCAUCAACCAGAGGACGAAGUGGCAUUCGGAGUCACCGCCACUAAGCCGUGGGGACUUAGUCUACGUAGCUGAUGAUACCAUACGGAAGAACUGGGUACGUGGCAUCGUCAUCGAAACCAUCCAAGGCACGGAUGGAAGGAUCAGGCAGGCGAUAGUCAGGACUGCUAAGGGUGAGUGCAGGCGGCCAGUAGUGAAGCUCGCGGUGCUGGAAGUCCAGGAUCGUAAAUCUGGAUUGGAGGCAUCCCCACCAGAGUUACGAGGAGGGGGUAUGUGCGCACCUACGAGCAAUGAAAACAAUCCUUGCGAAGAAUCAUACCCCGAGCCGAUGGACUUUGAUAACAAACGUCAACGGGAUGGUGAGUGAGUGAGUAGGUAGACAAAUAGAAGGUAUAGAAUGAGAAAUGAUCGGUGAGGGUUAAUAAAUGUAAACAAUAAUAAAGCAGAUUAGAAUAGGUUGGAUAGAAAUAAAAAGGUAACCUGGAAAGAGCUAAAACGUGGUGCAUUUCGAAGAAUAAGUGGUUUUUUUGAUAUAUAAUUUAUAGUUUAUGGUGGUGCAGGGAAUUAAUUUGGAUCUAAUAGAAAUCCCAUCGGUUUUUCAAGAAUACCGUAGGCACCCACAGCUAACCUGAAAAAAGGUGUGAAAUAUAUGUACCACUCGGAAUAGAAAGAGAAUUGGAAUCCUCAACCGUGCAUUUAACCUGUAAGAAAAAGGAUUAGUAGGGGGACAAACCGUAAAUGUGAGUAACAAUGUGAAACCCUGAAAAUGAGAUAAAAUUAUUAAUAAAGAUAACUUUAGUUUUAAGCUGCUACAAACAAAAAGUACUGCUUU